AUGCAGUCUCUCUCAAAUCACUCCUCACAUCUGAGAGUAACAUGCAACUUACCUGCAGAUGGCCUGCAGUAUACGGACUACGCACGCGCAGUUCUGGCAGGUCAUGACAUAUUCGGUGACUGGGGUGGAGAUUGCAAACUUUUUGAGUAUAUUAACAUCCGUGGAAUUAACUACUCUGAUUGCACCGCCUACACGAGAAUGGCUCUUAAUGGUGCUUGGUUCGUGAACAGUUUCAAAAGCAAGGAACACGAAUGCGAUUUUGAUGGGUCACUAGAAGCGGUUGACAACGAAAAUAAUUUUGGACGGUAUCAUUCCGGAGCGAUAAAUACGAAUCACCGCUGCUCCUCUUCGGAUCCUUCUACAACGCAAUAUUGGUUUGGGGUUAAACAUGAAUAG